GGGUGGAUUUCAUGUUCGAGGACGUUACGUUACGCUAGUCUCUUCUUGGCGAAAAACCUAAAACUGGUGAAAGGAAUCGUGAAGUGAAGUUGUGGGUCCUGCAUAAGUAAAUCAUGUCAUCCGGUGCAUUAUUCCCCAGUAUGGUAUCUGGAGCUCGUGGUUCAUCUAGCAAAUACCUGGUGGAAUUCCGAGCAGGAAAGAUGUCCUUGAAGGGGAGCACUGUCACCCCAGACAAGAGGAAAGGUCUUGCCUUCAUACAGCAAACAGAUGAUUCUCUCAUUCACUUCUGCUGGAAGGACAGGACUAGCGGCACUGUAGAGGAUGAUCUUAUUAUUUUUCCCGAUGAUUGCGAGUUUAAGAAGGUUGCUCAGUGCACAACUGGGAGGGUCUUUGUGCUGAAGUUCAAAGCUGGAACAAAGCGCCUUUUCUUUUGGAUGCAGGAACCAAAAAGCGAUAAGGAUGAAGAGUUCUGUCGUAAAGUGAACGAGUACCUCAACAAUCCCCCCAUGCCAGGAUCUCUUGGGGGCAGUGGUAGUGGAGGUCAUGAGCUGUCAGCCCUUGGAGGUGAAGGAAGUCUGCAGAGCCUUUUGGGUAAUAUGAGCCAUAACCAGCUGAUGCAGCUGAUUGGACCAACUGGCCUUGGUGGCCUUGGUGGCCUUGGCGCGUUAGCAGGCCCUGGAUUAGCCAGUUUACUUGGCAGUGGUGGUCCUCCCACAAGCAGUUCAUCUUCCAGUUCCCGCAGCCAGUCUGCUGCUGUGACUCCAUCAUCCACCACACCAUCUACACGUGCAAGUACCACACCCACACCCACACCUACUCCGACUCCGACUCCAGCUCCUGUGGUACCGCCGACUGUGACACCUACCGCAAGUUCUGGCACUGCAUCAGCAACAGCAAGCAGCCCUACUCAGCCAAUUCAGCUGAGUGACCUUCAGAACAUUCUAGCUAGCAUGAAUGUACCCGCGUCUUCAGAAGGAGGGCCACAAGUUGAUUUGGCUGGUGCACUGACUCCGGAGAUCAUGGGCCCUAUCCUGGCAAAUUCUGAAGUACAGCAACGCCUUUUGCCAUAUCUUCCAUCCGGGGAGUCAUUACCGCAGACUGCUGAAGAAAUUCAGAACACAUUAACCUCUCCCCAAUUUCAGCAGGCUUUGAGUAUGUUCAGUGUUGCUUUAGCCUCAGGCCAGCUAGGGCCAUUGAUGAGCCAGUUUUCUCUACCACCAGAAGCUGUGGACGCUGCAAAUAAAGGGGAUGUGGAAGGGUUUGCCAAGGCUAUGCAGAACAGCAAAGGAGAGAAGAAAGAGGGAGACGGCAAAGACAAAGAUGAUGAAGAGGACAUGAGCUUAGACUGAAGUCUUCAAUUUGCAUGGCCUUUAACCCCCAUAUUCUUUCAAUGCACGAGGCUGAAUUUUUGAAAUGUUACUGCUGUCCCCAGUUGUUUGUAGAUGCCAUUUCUUCUUUCUGUAAACUUAAUAAAGGACUUAAAAGUA